CUGCUAAUUUCUCCGUAAUGGAUUUGAAAAUGAAGUACUUGUAUGAAGUUUGUACCUGUUUACAGCAUCUCGAAUUUUCACCAUUAGACCGAAUUGUUCGUUUUCUUCACUGACAUUCAGUACUUGAGUUGGUUGCAAAGGCACCUCUUUAAUGGAUUUAGAAUGAGGACUUGGAUAAAGUUCAUAUCUUGUUAAUGGAUUUGGAAGUUAGAUUGCUCUAGUUUUUAAUUUUUACAUCAGCCCAUUCUUGUGGUGUGUGCCCAGGUUUAUCUGAGUUUGUUGUGAUCCCUUUCACGUGUUUUUGCUUUUCUUUUUUCCCUUUCCUUAUCUCAUGAAACCCACACGGCUCCACUAUCUGUGUACAUGCUAUUUCUUCUGAUCUCCAUUCCCCGCCUUCAUUACCUAAACUCGCAAUAAGAGAAUGGUGAGAUAUUUGGGCAGAGAAUGGUGAGCGAUUCAGGCAUGUGAGUUGCUCCUGUUCAAGAUAGUGAGAGUAGAUAAGUUUGAGAUCUCUCCACAUGGGAAUGUGCUCCUUUUGUUCCUAUGUGUUUUUAUUUUUCUAUUUUUGUAACUCUAUCAGAGCAGAGCUAUCAUGUGAACGUCUCUUUCCUUAAGAUGGUGCGCUGAACGCGGAGGAAGUGGGUUUGUUAUAUAGUAUUAUUUGAAGUGAUGGUGCGUGACGCUAAAAGAGUCUACUAUUGAGUGGUCGUCUGGGUCUUAGCCUAUUGGGUAUAAGAGAGGCGGCAAUCAAAUACUAUUGAGGAACUUUGGCUGCUUUAUUGCAGAUCUGCAUGUGGAAGUAGCUUGCAAAGAGUAGAAUUGGAGAAUAAGUUCAAGUUUGAUAUGGAUCCUGAGAUUGGAAAGUGUUCAACAUCUCCAAAGAAGAAUUCUUGGAAGGCAACAUUGCUCUUAGCAUAUCAAAGUUUAGGUGUGGUGUAUGGUGACUUGAGCAUUUCCCCUUUGUAUGUCUACAAGAGUACGUUUGCAGAUGACAUCACCCAUUCAGACAGUAACAAAGAGAUCUACGGUGUGCUCUCAUUUGUAUUCUGGACUCUUACCCUUGUCCCUCUUGUCAAGUACGUCUUCAUAGUUCUUAGAGCUGAUGAUAACGGCCAGGGUGGUACUCUUGCACUGUAUUCAUUGAUAUGUAGACAUGCCAAGGUGAGCCUUCUGCCUAAUAGACAGGCAGCAGACGAAGAACUGUCCACAUAUAGCCAUGAGUGCCCUCCAGAAACAAAUUGUAAGUCAAGGAUCAAGGUUUUGCUUGAGAAGCACAAGAACUUGCAUACUGCUUUGCUUAUAGUGGUUAUGCUAGGGACAUGUAUGGUGAUCGGAGAUGGUGUGCUCACACCAGCUAUAUCAGUUUACUCUGCGGUCUCAGGGCUUCAGUUGUCUAUGUCCGAAGUUCACCAAGAAUAUGUUGUGGUUCCUAUUGCUUGCUUCGCCAUACUGUGUUUGUUUGUGCUCCAACACUAUGGCACUCAUCGGGUUGGUUUCUUGUUUGCACCAAUCGUGUUGACUUGGCUAGUGUGCAUUAGUGCACUUGGCAUAUACAAUAUCAUUCAGUGGAAUCCGCAUAUCUAUGAAGCACUUUCUCCAUAUUACAUGUUCAAAUUCUUGAAGGAAACAAGAAAGGCUGGGUGGAUGUCCUUGGGUGGUGUCCUGCUAUGCAUGACAGGUUCAGAGGCAAUGUUUGCAGAUCUUGGUCAUUUCUCAUACACUUCAAUUCAGAUCGCUUUCACUUCAUUUGUUUAUCCUGCACUAAUAUUGGGAUACAUGGGUCAAGCAGCUUAUUUAUCCAGACAUCACAAAAAUGACACAAGCUACCAUAUUGGUUUUUAUGUUUCUGUUCCAGAAUGUUUAAGAUGGCCUGUCCUUGUGAUAGCCAUACUAGUUUCCAUCGUGGGAAGUCAAGCAAUUAUUAGCGGGACAUUCUCUAUCAUAAACCAGAGCCAAUGUCUUGGUUGCUUCCCAAGAGUCAAGGUAGUUCACACCUCCAACAAGAUAAAUGGCCAGAUCUAUAUCCCGGAGAUCAAUUGGAUGCUCAUGGUCCUCUGUGUAGCAGUUGCUGUUGGCUUCAGAGACACAAAACACAUGGGCAAUGCAUCAGGAUUAGCAGUAAUCACGGUGAUGCUGGUUACGACAUGCCUCACUUCCUUGGUCAUAAUCUUAAAAUGGCACAAGUCCCCUCUUUUGGCCCUUUGCUUUCUCUUUUUCUUUGGCUCUAUUGAGGCCCUCUAUUUCUCUGCCUCCCUUGUUAAAUUUCUUGAUGGUGCUUGGCUUCCCAUCCUUCUUGCCCUCUUCCUUAUGAUUGUUAUGUUUAUCUGGCACCAUGCCACAAUUAAGAAGUAUGAGUUUGAUUUACACAACAAGGUCUCCCUAGACUGGCUCCUUGCCCUGGGCCACUCCCUUGGCAUUGCACGUGUUCCCGGCAUUGGCCUUGUGUACACUGACCUUGUAUCUGGUGUGCCGGCUAACUUUUCACACUUUGUAACGAACCUCCCAGCAUUCCACCACAUCUUAGUUUUUGUUUGUGUAAAAUAUAUUCCUGUUCCAUUUGUCCCACCUGCAGAAAGAUACCUUGUGGGUCGAGUGGGCCCACCAGAUCACCGGUCCUAUCGGUGCAUUGUGCGGUAUGGCUAUCGCGAUGUCCACCAGGACAUUGACUCGUUUGAGUCCGAGCUCAUUAUGAGUCUGGCUGAAUUCAUACAAUCUGAAGCAUCCUAUCAUGGAAACCAGCCUAGUGAUGUUGUUGAUGAUCAGCUCACUGUCAUUGGAAGCCUGCUGCCGAGAGAUUAUGAGUUUGAGGAAAACAUCCAACGGGCAAGCACUUCAACUCAGUCCUCAAGUGAAAGAAAUGUUAAGGAGUUGGAACCUGUGAACAGAGUGAAAAAAGUUAGGUUCCAUAUAGAGGUUACUGAUUGCUCAGAGAAGGAUGGGCCUGCAAGGGAGGAGCUGGAGGACCUGUUGACAGCACGAGAGGCUGGUACUGCAUUCAUCCUGGGACAUUCACAUGUACGCACAAAACCAGGGUCGUCGAUCAUGAAGAAGAUAGCAAUUGAUUUUGGUUACAAUUUCCUAAAGAGGAAUUGUCGGGGACCAGAAGUGGCACUCCGAGUGCCUCCAGCAUCUCUCCUUGAAGUUGGGGUGGUCUAUGUCUUGUGAGCUGAAGCCUGUGCAGUGUGCCAAAUUCUGUGGAGAUGCAUAUAGCAAAUUACCAGCCAAAGAUCUCAGGAAGAUAUAAUUUGUUUGGAAAGCCUUAAAUGUGGUAAGAUACAAAGUGAAGCUUUAGAAAGCAUGCUUAUUGAGGUUGCAGCCUAGCUGCAAUCUCCUACAGGCCAUUGCGUUGCUCAUGAAUAGAGCUGUCCAUGGUUAUAUUGUAUAUUGAAAUUGUAGUUUUAUCUUCUCCAUAAAAUGAUCUGAUGAUAUUAGAGCAAUGAUCGUAUGGUCAGCAUUCAAAGUUUGUUUGGAUGUGUCAUGUAUAAUUUAUAACUUGAAGGGACUCGACUAGUAGUCAUAGGUAUUUGUAACUUUUGAACAAAUAGUGAUUCACUUUUUGGUUCUACUUCUC